AUGGCACCUCCACACACAAUUCUCCCAAAAGAACCUUCCAACUUACCAAGACGGGCCAGUUACCCUAUCCAAGACCGCAUAAGGAUCUACAGUCCAGCCACAAUGGCGCGACAGCUGAAUAAACAAAAACACCAAAGCAAAUUAAUUGUUCAUGGGGUUAAUAUUCUCAACAAGAUCAGUCUUGACAGUGACAUUGCAAUGGACAGAAUACAACACCGAAGAGAAACUCACAACCUUGUUGAACGCCGGCGAAGAGACAAGCUGAAUACUCUAGUGAACGAAUUAACACAAGUCAUACCUCCUUCAGAAGCUGUAUCAGAAAAAUGGCAUCGUGCAAAGACACUUCGACAGGCGAUCGAUUACAUCAAAUCACUUCAAAUGGAAAAUAAUGGCCUGAGGACCCAACUUGGACUUCCGAAUAUUGUCCUUCCGGCAAGGUCAUCAUCAUCAAGGGCAGAGAUCCCUUCUGGUUCCGGCUCUGGUGAAUCAUCAAAUGAAUCAGAUGUUCCAGAUGUAUCAGAAUCAACUCCUUGCUUUUCAUGA